UCUCAAGUUUGCGGAAGUGCGUUCUGGCCGUUUCUUGCCUCGAUUUAACCACCACCUUCCAACUUCGUUCGCUCCUUCCUUGUCAAAUAUACAUCGAGGCUGGGUGGUCAACCACCGUUUCCGCCACGCCAGGUUUAACUUCGAAUCCAGAAUCUAAGGAUAAUCUCUUCAGGUUCCUAAAGCUCUCUUUAGCUGUCUAAGGUUCUUUCUACCUUGCCCAAGUAACCUACUCGCAACGCUCGCCUUACACCUGCUCCAACCGAAACGCAAAGCGGCAACCAAGAAGCUAAAUUUAACUGCUUCUUGCUCCUCCUAUCAACAAAAUGCGGCCCCUUGCCCAAAUCAUCCUUCCCGCCGGCCUCAUGGUACUUGCCGCGGGCUGGGCGGCUUCCGAUAACCCGCCCCAGACCCAAAGCUUCGUCGGUUAUUGUGCAUUCGUUGGUGCUAACCUAACUGGUGACCACUGGCUGGGCGCAUUCUGCCGCAACAACAUGACCUCUGUGUUUGGUUACAACUACACCUGGAUUGAUCUUGACCUUUGCGUUGGCAACAACGGUAGCCAGUUGGUCCCCUAUGACAAUGGAAACUACUCGACGAGCUGUACCGACUGCUCCACCAGUGCGAAACCCAAGGAGACAAUCAUUCUCACCUGUUCCUGCCAGGACCUGAAUAGACACUUCUUUAACUCUUCCCUUGACCUUAGUAACGGCCCCCUUUGGCAGCUCAUUAAGUUGGCCGAGUCGUACUAA